AUGGCAUCUUCUGGUAUUCAGGUGAAAGAACGGGAGAAGCAUGCUUCAGGCCAGGCCUUUGAGCUGAUUCUCAGGCCUUGGUCAAAAGAAUCUGUCCCCAAUUUUCCCCUCCCCACCCCAAAGAAGAAGCAUCUUUCCCUAGAGGAAAUUCAGAAGAAAUUAGAAGCUGCAGAAGAAAGUCGCAAGUCUCAUGAAGCACAAGUCUUGAAGCAGCUUGCUGAGAAGAGGGAGGGUGAAAAAGAAGUGUUCCAGAAAGCUACCAAGGAGAACAACUUCAGCGAAAUAGCAGAGGAGAAACUGACUGACAGGAUGGAGGCUAACAAAGAGAACUGGGAGGCGCAAAUGGCUGCCAAGCUGGAGUCUCUGUGA